AUGAGCCCCGCGACCGCCCCCGCAGACCAACACACAGCAAACUAUGAUUCCGAGCAGGCAUACGCGCCAGAGCACCAGCUGAGCGUCGAUUUCGACCAAUUCUUGCAGUCACAAGAUAUGCCUCAUGCAUCAAUAACUGCUUCUCAGCAAAAACGGGAGGAAAUGUGGAUUCCUCCUACAGGCGACGGCGGGGAAUCAAUCGACACAGGGGCAAUGAUGACGGAGAUUGGACUGGCGCAGCAAAGACUAUUCGACGAUGACGGUUCCAAUACAGGACAUCAUCACUCCAUGUCAACAACAUACCCGAGCGGAAUCUCCGAGCCUGGUUCCUUUCCAAUGCAUUACGACCACCAGGGCCAAAAUGGAAACCUCCCACCUACCGGUCCUCCCCCCAAUAUCCAAAACAAGGGGACACAACUAGUUGCGCCGCAUACAACGAAUGGCUAUCAAUACAGCACGCCGGCGGAGUCAGCGCACGAUGACUUACCGAUCACAGAUGUCGAUGGACUGGGUACAACCGAUGUCCCAGGACAUUCGAACGACAUCAAUUUCCACAAACCCGCUCAGCGAUCUAAAUCCAUGCACACAGAGUGGAAUUCCCCGCAUGACACAGAACCCAAUUCGUCCGUUCGUUCGCCGCAAUUAAAUCGAUCAAAAAGUGACCAUGGUCAAGCCGCAAUAAUAUCACCAACUUCCCCGGUUAGUACAGUUGAUGAACUGUCUGCGCCGGCAUUUGCGGUCCAAAUCGCCGCUCCCGAUAUUGCCUCUUCCGUGAAAAGGCGCGGUCGGCAUAAGAAGCAGCCACUGCCACAUCAUGAUGACGAUGAUGAUGAUGAGCUUGCUAUGAUCAUGGAUUCGGGCUUUGUACAAGCCAAACCCGAGAAGCGACGGCCGGGGCGUCCUUCUAAAUCGGAAAAGGCUACUCGACAAGCCGAUGAAGCAAGCGCCCAAGAGACCAUAAAGGGAUCCGAAGCUGUGGUGUCAGAGCAACCUGCGCAGCAAGCAAAGCCAGGGCCAAAGAAGAAGAAAAUCAAGAGGAGUAAGACUGCUCUUGAGACCUUGCAUCAGGCUGGUAAAGUGGAUGACGAUGACGAUGUGAUUUGGGUGGAAUCGAGGCCGUUAGAAAUGGAAAAUGCCAACUCCACGACAAACCAUGUCAAUGAAAAUGACGAGGCAUCAAAAGUCUCAGGGGAAAUUCAAUUCGAAAUCCCUGUCGUUUCGAAUGAAGCUGUUGAAGCACCAGCACCAGCGCCUAAGAAGCGCGGGCGCAAGCGGAAGAAGACAGCCGAGCAGACAGAGGCUCCGGCAGCUUCCAAAGACCCCCAGCUGGAGUCUAAAAACGAAGAUCCCACCCUACCCGAGGCCACGGAACAACACGCACUUAUCCCUGAUCCCCCGAAGGGUGAAGAAAAAGAAGACAUCACGCUCGGCAAAGAAUCAGAGUCAACACCUCAGCUCGACCAAGUCACCAAGCAGACUGCGGCUGGAUCCCUUCCACAAACGCCUCAAAUUGCAAAGCCACACAAGGUACAUAGCCCGAUUUCUUCCACCAGUAAGGUACCCUACCGGAUUGGUCUGAGCAAAAGGGCGCGGAUUGCCCCGUUGUUGAAGGUUGUUCGGAAAUGA